GUAAAUACAGUGUGACAUUAAUAUUAAAACAACAACAACAAAAACAAUCGUAGCAAACAUAGCAAGCAACAAAAACAAUAACAACAAUAUAGUAUGACAUAAAAUGAAAUAUGUUUAAAAUAUCCGAUUUUUGUUGAGAAUAGAAAACAGUGUGUGAGAUAAAAAUAUAACGAAAAGAAAAUGGUUACAUGGAAUACAAACAAACGAAUAGUGCGUAUUCUGUUGGUUGGUGAUGCGGGCGUUGGGAAAACGUCACUCAUUUUAUCGCUUGUAAGUGAGGAUUUUCUCGAAGAUGUACCACCAAAAGCAGAAGAAAUUACUAUUCCAGCCGAUGUAACGCCAGAACAAGUUCCAACCAACAUUGUAGAUUACAAUGCAAUUGAACAAAAUGAUGAUUCAUUGCACGAGGAAAUCAACAAAGCACACGUUGUAUGUAUCGUGUACUCUGUUGAAGAUGAAACAUCACUCGACCGUAUUAGUGACUAUUGGUUGCCAUUGAUUCGAGAUUCGGUCAACGAAAGUGAACAACGAAAACCAGUCGUUUUAGUUGGAAAUAAAAUCGAUUUAAUUGACUAUUCAACAAUUGAUAUGGUUCUUGGGAUUAUGGAAGAAUUUCCUGAAGUGGAAAGUUGCAUUGAAUGUUCGGCAAAAACUCUACACAACAUAUCCGAAAUGUUUUAUUAUGCACAAAAGGCGGUACUUCAUCCAGCGGCCCCAUUGUACUCGAUGGAAGAUCAAGACUUAACGGAUAAAUGUAAAAAGGCGUUGGUUCGAAUUUUUAAAAUUUGCGAUAUUGAUGGUGAUGGUUUGCUCAAUGACUUUGAAUUAAAUCAUUUUCAACGACGUUGUUUUAAUGCACCGCUUCAGCCACAAGUUCUUGAAGAAGUGAAAGCAGUAUUGAGUAAAAAUGUACCGGAUGGUGUUGUCAACGAUGCGGUCACUUUAAAAGGUUUCCUAUUUUUGCAUUGUCUGUUCAUUCAACGUGGUCGCAAUGAAACAACAUGGGCUGUUUUGCGUCGCUUUGGCUACAAUGAAACAUUAGAAAUGGCAAAAGAGUAUUUACAACCGACCAUCAAAAUACCGCCCGGAAGUAGUACAGAAUUAUCACAUCGUGGACAACAAUUUCUAACAAUGUUAUUCGAACGAAAUGAUCGGGAUCUGGAUGGUGCAUUAUCACCGGAUGAAUUGAAGACAUUAUUUUCGGCUUGUCCAACAUUGCCAUGGCCAUCACUUUCCGAUUUACGUCGAACGGUGCCAACAAAUGAAAAAGGCUGGCUUACACUUCAUGGUUGGAUUUGUCGCUGGACACUACAAACACUGGUCGAUCUACCGCGAACACUUGAGUAUCUUGCUUAUUUAGGAUUUAAUGUGCAUGAAAAUGAAUCACAGUUGACCGCCGUACAAGUGACCAGAGAACGAAGACUGGAUUUGGCGAAGAAACAAAGUAAUCGAACUGUGUAUAUGUGCCAUGUUAUCGGACCAAAGGGUUCGGGCAAAACAGCACUAUGUCGUGCACUUAUCGCAGAAGAUAUGAAACGUUUACUCGAUAGAGAUUUUCGAAGUGGUUCACACUAUUGCGUAAACAGCGUACAAAUUUACGGUCAAGAAAAGCAUCUUGUUAUGCGUGAUAUUGAAGUGCGUCAAGUAUUGGAUCCAUUGCAACCGCAAGAUGUUCACUGUGACGUCGCUUGCCUAGUCUACGAUACAAACAAUCCAAAGUCAUUUGAGUAUAUUGCACGUAUCUACAUAAAAUAUUUUGCUGAGAGCAAAAUUCCUGUAUUGAUUACGGGUACAAAGGGCGAUUUAACCGAGGUUCGCCAAGAGUAUUUAUUGCAGCCCAACGAAUUUUGUCAAAAGUACAAAAUUCUACCACCGCAAAUAUUUAGUCUGAAGCAUAAUAAAAAGGAUUUAUAUGUCAAAUUAUCAACAAUGGCAGCAUUUCCACGAUUCCAGGCCGCAUGGAUAUUAUUUUACAGACAUCGCUUGGAACAUCUUUGGGAUUCAACAAAUCUAAGACAUUUUGGUCUCAUGCGUUCGGAUCCGCUAGUGUGGUGGAAGGCUGGCAUUGGUUUGGCAGCCGCUACGUGUUUUGGAUUUUUUAUAGUUAAGAUUUUCCAAAGAUCAACACCCAGCUAAAUAACGAUAAUUAUUACGUUUUAUUUUCGUUCAGACUAGCUUUUCUCAUCAAAUAAAUUCAAUUUGUCUGUAAUGUAAA